UCUGAUGAUGAAGAAGUUGAAACGGAAUCCGAUGAUGAGGAAAAUACUAAGCGAAAUCAAGUGAAAAAUAAAGUCAAAUCUAUCGAGAAUUUACCUUUCAAGUUGAUUUUCAGAACCAUUACUUAUUUAAUUUUAUGGGUUUCUUUAAUUUCUAUAGGUUUGUUUGGUUACUGGUACCGUGAACAACAAUAUUUAGUUGGUUAUUGUGGACAUGAGAUUACCCAGCCAACUAUUCCCCAAACGAUUGAUACAUCACCUAUUUUAUUACAAAUCGGGAAUUAUUUAGAUGAAAAUUUCAAACCCAAAUGUAUUAAAUGUCCAGCACAUGCCAGAUGUUUUGAAAAUUUACAAAUUGGAUGUUAUGAAGAUUUUGUCGAACAUAAACCGUGGUAUUUUGAUUACUUACCAAUUUUGAAUAGAACAACCAAAAUCUGUAUACCAGAUACUAAAAAGGCAGAAAAAAUAGAGAUUAUGAUUGAUGUUGCAUUAGAUUUUUUGAGAUCUAAAAACGCUGAUAAAAAUUGUGGUAGAAGUUUAGCAAGUGAUUUGGAGGCAGGACUUGAAGUUAAUGAAUUACAUGAUUUAUUAUUAUCAAUGAAGGCCCCAUAUAUCACUACUGAGGAAUUUGAAGAAUUAUGGCAAAGAUCGUUGAUUGAGUUAGAAAAAGAACCAGAAAUAAUUGUAAGGCAAACGGGAUACACAAUUAAUAACAUACAAACCACCAAUAACACUAACCACACGAGAAAUGAAGAAGAAGGUGAAAACAAAAUUCUUCGAUCAACGUCCUUAUCACACAUCAGUCUCCAAUGUCGAUUUUCAAAUACCAUAAUUGGAUCAAUGAUUGAAUAUAAAGAGAUUUUCAUUGGAUUGAUUUUAAUAAAUAUAAUAAUUUUUUCAAUUAAAACCAAGUAUGAAAGAUAUCAAUUGAAGAAGGAAAAAAUUGAAACUUUAUAUAGAGAAACAUUGAAAAAAUUACAAAAACAAAGAAAGUUAUCAAAAUCAUCGACUGAACUUCCGGGAUAUAUUAGUUCAAUUCAAUUAAGAGAUUUAAUAUUAUCAAAUGAGAGUAAUUUAAAAAACAAGCUAGAAAUAUGGAAAAAAAUUAUUAGUAAAAUAGAACUUAAUACUAAUGUUAAAAGUGAAACAAUUGAACAUUUUGGAGAAGUAAUGAAAGUAUGGGAAUGGAUUGGAGAACUAGACAACUAA